AUGUUGCUGGCUCAAAGAUCAUUAGUAAAAAGAAUUACAGGUGUGCGCUUGCAAUUCCGAAUGUUGCAUCAUACAACAAAGGCAUCAUCGGCAACAUCACAAAUCGAUAAAACUUCAGUUGGUAAUUUCAAUCAAUCGGAAACUUUAUCAAAAGUUAUGAGUCCUUUAUUGUCGAUUAACCAGAAGAAGGACGUCCCUAGUGGGUUAAAACACGACAACAAUAAAAUCACCUACAGGUCAUAUUUAAAUUUAGAUUCUGAGAAAUAUAACCUCGACGAAGAAGAAAAAAUUGUCAAGUAUUAUUCAUCUAAGAAUGAUGGAGUUGAGUUGCAACCAUACGCACCAGAAAUUCAGUACUUGAAGAAUAUAUUAGAGUCAUUUCUGGAACAAAAAUAUUUUGACAAAAUUGAUCAAGUUUUGAGGUCAUUAUCAAAGUUAGUCACCACUACUGAAUUCACAGAUAUUUGCAAUAAGUAUUUAGAAAACAUUUUACAAGAUGACCUGCUCAGUUUACAAGAUUUGAACAACCUUAUUGGCCAGCUUCAAGAUAAAUGUAAGUUCAAGACCAAUACCCGAACCGAGGCUAUGAUUUUGGGAAAAAUGUUGAAUGACAGUGAUAAUGUAGAAUCAAGCAUAAAUGAUUUUUUUGGCAACAUGGAAAAACAAACAAUUAUUGAAAUUUUGAGAAAUAUGGAUGUUAUUGGAGUCGAUAAUUUGUACAAAGUCUUUGACUGUGACUCGAUUGACGCGUCCGUUAUUCCAAAAGAAUUGCAGGAAAUUUACCAGGAACAUAAACUUAGAGAACACGAUGACGUAAUUGCCGAAGACAUUCUCAAACUACAAGAAAACAAACAAAUUAAUCCAUUAGACAAAAAGAAUCUUGAAGAAUUAUUGGCAGUUGAUUCAUUUGGCUUGAAAGUUAUUAGACAUAGUUUACUAGGCUUGAAGCCAGAUCUGGAAGCUGCUUUAGAGUUUUCAAACCAAGUAGAAAAAAUCAUUGAAGAUAUGGACGAUGAAGCGUUGAAGCAUGAUAUCAUGAAUGGUCAAAUGAAUUAUUUCGAAAUGUAUAGCAAGUUGAAAACUGACGAGCAAAGACAUGCUUUUAACGAGGCAUUGAAUGUUUACAAUCUUGACAGACAGAAACAGAUUGAAAUAAGAGGAAUUGAAGGUGCUAAGGAAAAAUGGAAACACGAUUUUGAAGAACUGCACAAACGAGGGGAUUUGAAUUUAUCGAAAGGAUUAAAUGCACAAUGCUAUGAAUGGCUUCAAGAUAUGUUACCAGUAUUGGAAAAAGAAUACAAACAAUGCGAAGCUUUAAUCAAUGGUAACAACGCUGUUAUUGAAAAGGAUGACCCAAAUGCUAAAGAUCGUGCCAUGUACGCCCCUUUUUUAUUGAAACUAUCACCCGAUAAGGCAAUUAUUGUAACAAUUCUUGAGUUAUUCAAAUUGCAUGCCACAGGAGGAGUCAUUUCUGGUUUCCGUGCCUAUAAAGCUAUUCAAAGUGUAGGCAAAGCCAUAGAGGCAGAAUAUAGAAUUGGAUUGCAAGCCAAAAAAGAAAAUAAAUUGUUUUCUCGAAAGCAUUUAUCACCACAAUUGCAAAAGUUGAUGAGAAGAACAAUGCAAAAGGGCAAUGAAUCAACCCCGGAAUGGGAUGAUGCUACACGUGCAAGAAUUGGGGGUGUUUUGGUAUCCAUCUUGAUGUCAGUAGCCAAAUUGAAAGUUACGAGGGAGACUCCUCAGGGAUUAAUCGAAGACUCCCAUCCAGCCUUUUUUCACAGUAUGCAGUUUAUUGGUGGUAAUCGUGUUGGGGUCAUCAAGGUGCACACAGAAAUUUCCAAUAUUUUAAGUGGAACAUCGUUAACCGAAUCAAUUCAACCACAGGCUUUGCCAAUGUUGGUUGAACCAAAACCUUGGAACUCGUAUUAUGGAGGUGGUGGCUUAUAUUCAAAGACACCUUUGGUCAGAGUCAGAGAUUCACCUGAGACGGAAGCAUAUAUCAAAGCUGCUAACGAACGAGGAAACUUAAAAGCAGUGUUUGAAGGCUUGAAUGUUUUGGGAAAAACAGCUUGGACUGUGAAUAAAAAAGUUUUCAAUGUCAUUUCUCAUUAUUGGAAUUCAGGAGAAGAGUUUUUGAGUAUACCUCCAGUGUCGGAAGAACCUCGAUUACCUAAAGACGUACCUGAUAAUUCUGACCCUGAAGUGUUAUUAAACUAUACAAUGUCCAAGUUCAGAGCCCUUGAUGAAUACAUGUCUAACAAAUCUCAAAGAUGUGACAAUAAUUAUAGAUUGGAAAUUGCUCGUGCGUUUAUUGGAGAAAAAUUGUAUUUCCCUCAUAAUUUAGAUUUCAGAGGUAGAGCUUAUCCAAUUUCUCCUCAUUUCAAUCAUUUGGGUGGGGACUUAACCAGAUCUUUGUUUUUAUUUUGGGAUGGUAAAGAAUUAGGCGAAGAAGGAUUGAGAUGGCUUAAAAUCCAAUUGGCUAAUGUAUAUGGUGUCGACAAAGAGUCACUCACUAAAAGAGUUGAGUUUGUGGAUGCAAACUUGGAAAAGGUUUUUGCAUCAGCUGCUGACCCACUUGCUUCGAAUGCUUGGUGGCAAAAAGCCGAGAAACCUUGGCAAGCUUUGAGUGUUUGUUUUGAGUUGGCUGAAGCUUACAAGCUUGACGAUCCUACCAAAUUUGUUUCCCACUUGCCAGUUCAUCAAGACGGAACUUGUAAUGGAUUACAGCAUUAUGCCGCCUUAGGUGGUGAUGUUGAAGGGGCAAACCAAGUUAAUUUGAAACCUGCUGACAAACCACAAGAUGUUUAUAGUUAUGUCGCUAAACUUGUCGAGGCCAGAGUUAGGGCAGAUGCCGAAAAGGGAGAUGAAUUUGCCAUUUUCUUACAAGACAAAAUCAAAAGAAAAAUUGUGAAGCAAACAGUCAUGACAAAUGUUUACGGUGUCACCUUUGUUGGGGCAAUUGAACAAAUCAGAAAACAAAUAGCACAUCUAUACCCUAGAGAUGCUGAUCACAACAUGCCUGCCAGGUACUUAGCUAGGCAAGUGUUUGCUUCUAUUAGAGAAUUGUUUGAGAAUGCUCAUUUUAUCCAAGAUUGGUUAACCGAAUCUGCUAAGAGAAUAACAAAAUCAGUUUCUUUAGAUUUUGGUGAAUCUAAGUAUUUGGAGCUGGAACUUUUGUCAACGGUAAUCUGGACUACCGCAUUAGGAUUACCCUGUGUUCAACCAUAUCGUCAACACAAAAAGAAACAAUUGAAAACUGCAGUUCAAGAUAUGCAUAUUAUUGUGCCCUCCAACACUAGUGCAGUUGAUUCCAGAAAGCAACAAAAUGGGUUCCCACCAAAUUUUAUUCAUUCUUUGGAUGCAACCCACAUGUUGAUGACAGCAACAAAAUGUACAGAAAAUGACUUGCAAUUUGCCUCUGUUCAUGACUCGUUUUGGACACAUGCAGCUGAUGUUCCUCAAAUGAAUAAAAUCAUUAGAGACCAGUUUGUGAAAUUGCACACUACCAAUUUAAUAGAGUUGUUAAAAGAAGAGUUCACAGAAAGAUAUAAAGACAACUACCAAGUGCUUCCAUUGCCUAAUACUCACGAAUUAACGCGCAAAGUUAAAGCAAUCAAAAAAGAAUGGGCAGAGGCAUUAAAUAGACCUGUUCAAAUAGCCGACGAGUUGUAUAUGGAGCGCAAGCGUUUACAGAUGUUGCAGUCCGACGAUCCAGAAGAAGUUGAAGUCGCCAAGAAUAUGGAAACCACUAUAAGUGUAACCAUGAAUUACAAGCCAUACGAGUUUGCAAACCGUCAUGCUGCCAACAGUUACCAAGUUUUAGUUCCUUUACAGUUCCCUGAGGUCCCACGUAAAGGGGGCUUUGAUGUGAAUUUGGUCAAGCAAUCACAAUAUUUCUUUUCAUAA